AUGUCCUUUUGGCAGCGCCGUGAUGGUCGCCGCUUCGGCCAAAAUGAAGGAAGACGGGCUACGCGAGCCUCUGCCAAUUCCCAGAUACCCCUAGGUCACCCGGGCAGCCGCCGCGACGGCGAAGCGUUCGGCGAAAACGGACGAAGCCGUGCCAACCGUGGCUCUGGUGAUUCCUGGACGCCCCAAAGCCCUCUAGGUCAUAACCGACGCAAUAGGCGAUGCUGGCACUGCGGGAACCUCGGGCAUGUGCGCCGUCACUGCCCGGAGUUUUUCAUGCGGGGCGUUGCCCUGGCUAUUAUGCGCCAGAAUCACCAGGCAACACCCGAAAUGGUCGCAGAAAUUAUUCUGCUACUUUUGACGCAGAUCUAG